AUGGGCACCAGCACUUCGACCUUGGCGCUAGGCGAAGCCAACAUGCUAGGUGAUGCCUUGCCCUGGAUGGUUGGCAGUAAGUAUGGGGCGACAAUAACAGGUGCCACCAUUGUGUGGACCCAGCCACUGGGUGACGCUAGCGAGGCGUUGGGUGGCGCUUGUGUGCUAGGUGACGCUAGGUACAGCUCGAGCAAAGCUGGGAGGAGGCCAAGUGUGCUGGACGAGGCAGUUGGCCGCCAUGCGAGGGGCAUUGGUCCAAGCGCUAUCGCUGCUGGUGCUGAGGUGCUAGAUGACGCCAGGUGA